UAGCACAAAAUACUUAAUUUGGAAUUCGCCGUAACCGCUUUUCGUGUCUGAUACCUUUUUCAGGAAACCGUUUCAGAAAAAAAUAACUCUCGAAAGCUACAUAGAAGAAUAUUUUUUCCUCCCGCAGUUGUAACAAAGCCCGUCAAUCAAGUUACCUUCCCAGCGCACAGAACUUCAGCCUCACCGCGCGUGCCUGUAUUAUUUACAUCAUAGCAACCGAGGAGGAGGGGGGGGGGGUUGCUGGGGUCAAAGGUUACAAUGCUUUCAACCACGAUAAAUCGACAAAACAUAUGCACAAAAUUAAAACGCUCACACUCGAAGUCCUUCAAAGUUGUUAAAUAAAACCCUGAUGGUGCAGAACAGUCAUAUACGGGGCGGACUGUCGUAGAGAGAACUCUGCUGCAAUAAAAAUAGCUGGUCUUCUAUGCGAGAGGCACCCUGUUAGUCCGAGUGUGAGGCGGAAGUUGGGAUCAGCUGAUGGAGGAGACUGGGCUGAAGCCUGUAAGCUGAAGAGCCAUCUUCCCCACCGGAGAGACAGAGAGUGGGGGGCAGACGGGAGAGAUUAGGGGGAUCCCGGUUUUUAAGGGCGGCUCGAAACCGUUGCAGAAGGACAGCAGGAAAAGCGGCGUCUGUCAGCGAGCAAACCGGGGUUUAUCGUGAGACUUCAUCCGGAGGACUGAACGGGAACCGGGUCGGCUGUCGAGCGUGCAAAAGACUGGAUGCUUUUAAAAUACAAAGGAAGGAAGAAAGACGACGGCAUGAAUAAACAGAGUCUCGAUUGAAUAAGACAUCCAAAUGAAACAAGAAGGGCAAAAACGUUAGUUAAAUGUGGUAACUGGUGACUACACGGGGCCAUUCUUUCAAUUGUCAGUAUAAACAACACUGUUCAGAGUAACUCAGAGACUCGAGUUUGGACUGGGGGGCUUUCUGCCAGCGGCUGAAGGUAUACAUUUUAUAUGUAAAAAAAUGAUAUCGGUGUUUAUUUAACUAAACGUGGAAAGCGAUGACAGUCUGAAUCGGAAAGGAGGUUACUCGGCAUUGCUAUCUAAUCGCCAGCUAAUCGAGCUGGGACAAAACAAUGAGAAGAGGUGUUUCAUUUGUUUGAUCCACGUUGAUUUUCUUCGAGGGAAGACACAAAUACUGGGAGAUAUUAAACAGCAAGUAUAUAACAUUACUACAAAGAGCUGUGGUUAAUACAGUGUCGCGUUGCCCCCACUCAACACCGGAGCCGAAGCGCCCAGCAGACUGGAGGAGAAGUGGAGAGGUGAAUGAAAAACAACAUUCAAAACUUGACGAUUUCCAAGGAAGCCGCACAUGCAGAAGAUAGAGUCGCUGCUCCAAAUCGUGUUUCCAUUUUACUCCCUGCGUUACAUAACCUGACGCUGAAUUGCACAGCGAAGGGAACCAGCGAACGCUAAUCCAGCAUUUCGGAUGUCCAGAAGUGCUUUUUCGUUUUCAGCACGUACACAAGUGGUUGGCAACGUCUGGGGACUACAGGGGAGGAAAAGUGCAGUCGGUCACCGGAGAGUAGUGCGUCGGGAAUCCCACUCAGGAUAGUACCGAUUCAAAACGACUGAGUCACCUAAUUAAAGCCGACGAUUUGUGCGAGAAUGAAUGCCCUUUCAGGGCAGUGAUAUUAACCUGAGUGGAAAGGGAGCACUAGACAGGAAGAACCCAGCGAUCUGAGGAGCGCAGUGCUUAUUUCAGUACAGUUAGGUCGACAGACGACUGUUCUGAAAAUGAUUUAGUGUGUCAAUAACCACUAGAACACGGAAUCCCCCAAGAAAUUUCCCCUAGGUAUUUUUUGUUAUUGUUCUUAUUUGUAUACAGAUGUAAAAAGGAUAUGAUAAUAUGAUUUGAUAGGAAGACUGUAAGUGUCAGUUAAGAGUUUUGUAUUACAAAGUGCUGUUUUUCUUACACUAACAAUACGCAGCCUUUUGUAAAAUAAAAACAUUUUUGAAUACGUUCAGACACGAACGCUGUGGGGGAAAGCGUGACAAAUAUCGCCCUCUGUAAGCGUUGUGUGGACUCAUAUCUAAGUUAAAGCACAUUAGGAAUGUCACAAUUGUUGUUCGUGAAGUCGCUGCCUUUCCGAGUCUGGGACACGGGAGUUGGCGAACCCAGUGUUGCUGUACUGGAAGAGCAGGGGUGAGCAUGAAUCACUCAGCCUUACUGCUGGUUUUUUUGGCCCCCCCGAGUUGAACAAACCAGCUUUAUUGGAGCCAACCCGAACUGCAGGUCGAUAAACGUUGAAGAAUUCAAUGCCGAACGUGGGCCUGUGAAGUGACGGUCCGCCAGGCAUUUCGCUUCAUAUUCGGCAAGACUUAAUAUUGCAUAGGAAAAAAAACCCCAACAAAAGACAAAGCAUUGUUACUUUUGCACGUCCCCUCUGCGGUGAGCUUCUUCGACUCUUUGAUUUGAUCGUUUCUGCUCGCUCCCUCCCCCGGGUUUGGAGUUUUCGGAGUGGAACUGCGCCCCGUCCCCCGUCCCUCACAAGCAGGGCAGCUCCGCGUCCGUGUUCUGUUGUGUUCGAGUUGGGGGCGGUUUCGGUUGUUGCUCCGAGUCCCCCGACUGCUUCGCCGGUAGAUGUGAUGGAACUCAUGUUUGCCGAGUGGGAAGACGGAGAGAGGUUCUCCUUUGAGGACUCGGACCGGUUCGAGGAGGACUCGCUGUGCUCGUUCAUCUCCGAGGCAGAGAGCCUGUGUCAGAACUGGAGAGGAUGGAGGAAGCAAUCUGCAGGACCCAAUUCCCCCACUGUCAAAAUAAAAGAUGGCCAGGUGAUCCCGCUGGUAGAGCUGUCGGCCAAGCAGGUGGCCUUUCACAUCCCCUUCGAGGUGGUGGAGAAGGUCUACCCCCCAGUCCCAGAGCAACUGCAGCUGCGCAUCGCCUACUGGAGCUUCCCUGAGAACGAGGAGGACAUCAGGCUAUACUCCUGCCUGGCCAAUGGCUGUGCUGAUGAGUUCCAGAGGGGAGAGCAGCUGUACCGGAUGAGGGCUGUGAAGGACCCACUGCAGAUUGGUUUCCAUCUGAGUGCCACGGUGAUGUCGCCCCAAGCGGCCCAGUCGAAAGGUGCCUACAACGUGGCCGUGAUGUUUGACCGCUGCCGCAUCACUUCCUGUAGCUGCACCUGUGGAGCCGGAGCCAAGUGGUGUGCCCAUGUGGUGGCGUUAUGCCUCUUCAGAAUACACAAUGCGUCGGCGGUGUGUCUGCGAGCCCCAGUGUCCGAAUCGCUGUCCAGGUUGCAGAGGGACCAGCUGCAGAAGUUCGCCCAGUACCUCAUCAGUGAACUGCCCCAGCAGAUCCUGCCCACUGCCCAACGCCUGUUGGAUGAGCUGCUGUCAUCUCAGUCCACAGCCAUUAACACUGUCUGUGGAGCCCCAGAUCCUACCGCGGGCCCGUCCGCUUCUGACCAGAGCACCUGGUAUUUGGACGAAUCGACACUCAGCGAUAACAUCAAGAAGACGUUGCACAAGUUCUGCGGGCCUUCGCCUGUUGUCUUCAGUGACGUGAACUCCAUGUAUUUGUCCUCCACCGAGCCCCCAGCCGCUGCAGAGUGGGCCUGCCUGCUGAGACCUCUAAGAGGCCGAGAGCCGGAGGGAAUCUGGAACCUGCUGUCCAUCGUCCGAGAGAUGUUCAAGAGAAGAGACAGCAACGCUGUGCCGCUGCUGGAGAUCCUGACUGAGCAGUGCCUCACUUACGAGCAGAUUAUUGGUUGGUGGUACAGCGUUCGCACGUCCGCCUCUCACAGCAGCGCCAGCGGGCACACGGGCCGGAGCAACGGGCAGUCGGAGGUGGCAGCCCAUGCCUGUGCCAGCAUGUGCGACGAGAUGGUGGUGCUUUGGCGGUUGGCUGUGCUCGAUCCCACCAUGAACCCUCAGAGACGCUGGGAGCUGUGUGCCCAGCUAAAGCAAUGGCACCUGAAGGUGAUAGAGAUUGUCAAGCGUGGGCAGCACCGCAAGUCUCUGGACAAGCUGUUCCAGGGUUUCAAACCAGCCGUGGAGUCCUGUUACUUCAGCUGGGAGGUGGCCUAUCCCUUGGCCGGCAUUACUUACUGUAGUUCUGACAAAAAAAGUGCCUCCUUCUGCUGGGCCAGGGCAGUGCAGCAGCAGCGGGGAGGGAGGGCCGGGCUGGGGGAUCCCCAAGAGCUGGGUGGGGGGGCCGGCCGAGUGGGCGUGGCGGAGGGCGGGGCCAGCUCCGAGUACAAGACCCGCAUCACUCAUCCCCCUCAACAGGAAGCGGCCGUCAGGCCCAAAGAGAACAUCGUCGGCAAAAGGAAAGGACUGCCCUCAGGGGGCGGCAGUGGGGUACUGGUGCUGGGAACUAGACUGGGGGGGGCGGUAUCCUUAUCUUUGGAUGACAGCAAAGGUAUGUACAAGUCGAGCAGCGGCGGAUCUGCCUCCGUUGGUGGCAAAGCCAAGCUCGCCCAAGGAGGCAAAACAUGCGGUGGCACCAUGAGCGCUGGCAGCAAACACGGGAGCAGCAAGCGCCGGACCAGCAGUGAAGACAGCUCCCUGGAGCCAGACCUGGCCGAGCUCAGCAUGGAUGACGGGUCCAGCCUGGCACUGGGCGCGGAAGCCAGCAACACCUUUGACUUCCUUCCUCCCCCACCUGAAAUGCUGCCUGCCCCGAGCCCCUUGCUGAGAGAGCCCCGAAAGUACGGCAGUUGCAACAGCCCCAAGGAGCCCCCUUUUGAGGCAUCGAGGGUGCCCCACGCUACCCCGGCUGCAGAGGCCUUAGCCCGCUGCUCUCAAGAGGGCGCGGCUGUGGCUCUGCAGAAGGAGGCUGAGCUGGAGGUGGCUCUGGAGAAGGAAGUCGAGGUGGAGAUGGAAGAGGACGGGAGCGAGGACCCCAUCGAGGACGGCCAACACGCCGCCGCCGCCGCCUCUGCCAAGCCACCCAGAAGUCGCCAGGAGGAGGAAGCAGACCGAGCGAAGGGGGCCCCUGCCUUGGAGGCUGCUGCAGGAGGGGAGGAUGAUUAUCAGGCGUACUACAUCAGCGCGGCCUCGGAGGAGGGGGGUGAGCGAGGAGCCCCUGACGGCAAUCCUGAAGAGGAGCCGGACAUCUUUGCAGGGAUCAAACCGCUGGAGCAGGAGGGGCGCAUGGAGGUAUUGUUUGCCUGUGCGGAGGCUCUCCACGCCCAUGGCUACAGUAACGAGGCUUGCCGGCUGGCUGUGGAGCUGGCUGGAGAUCUGCUGGCCAACCCUCCUGACCUGAAAGUGGAGCAGCCUCAGACCAAGGGCAAGAAAAGCAAGGUGUCAACCACCCGGCAGACCCAGGUGGCCACCAACACCCUUUCCAAAGCGGCCUUCCUGCUGACGGUGCUGAGCGAGAGACCCGAGUACCACAACCUGGCCUUCAGUACCGGCAUGUUCACCCUGGAGCUGCAGCGGCCCCCGGCCUCCACCAAGGCCCUGGAGGUGAAGCUGGCUUACCAGGAGUCGGAGAUUGUGGCCUUGCUGAAGAAGAUCCCUCUGGGCCUGGUGGAGAUGAGUGCCAUCAGGGACCGGGCAGAGCAGCUGCGAGAUGGGAACUUCUGUGAUUACAGGCCUGUGCUGCCCCUCAUGCUGGCCAGCUUCAUAUUUGAUGUGCUCUGCACUCCCGUGGUUUCCCCCACGGGCUCCCGCCCCCCGAGCCGGAAUCGUAAUAACGAGAUGCCAGGCGACGAGGAGCUGGGCUUUGAGGCUGCAGUGGCUGCGCUGGGGAUGAAGACCACAGUGAGCGAGGCUGAGCACCCUUUGCUUUGUGAGGGAACGCGACGGGAGAAGGGAGACCUGGCUUUGGCACUCAUGAUUACCUACAAGGAUGACCAGAGCAAGCUCAAAAAGAUCUUGGAUAAGCUGCUGGACCGUGAAAGCCAAACCCACAAGCCCCAGACUCUCAGCUCCUUCUAUUCCAGUAAGCCUGUAGCCAGCAGCCAGAAGAGCCCCUCCAAACAUGCCGCCCACAGCGGGGCCAGCGGGGCUGCGGGCGGCGUGUCGAAGCACACUGGCCCUGCUGCGGGGGGAGGGUCUGCAGCCGCGCAGGGCGUGGCCGGCGGAGCGGGGGCCGGCCAGCAGGCAGCACUGCCCGCUGCUGUCCAGAGCACAACGGGGGACAAUUAUAAUGACACCAGAGAGCAAGACGGAGCUCAGUCUUCCACAUGUGAUCAGCAGGGUGAGGCAGCUCCCUUUAAACCUGAGGGCACAGUGCCCAGCCGCCUGGCUUUGGGGGGACGGGGGGCGUACAGUGGCCGCUGCUGGGGGUCCCCAGUUCGACAGAAGAAGAAACAUACAGGCAUGGCGAGUAUUGACAGCAGUGCCCCUGAGACCACUUCUGAUAGCUCCCCUACGCUUAGCCGACGCCCCCUGCGAGGUGGUUGGGCAGCAGCCUCCUGGGGCCGGGGCCAAGACAGUGACAGCAUCAGCAGUUCAUCAUCUGAUUCGCUGGGCUCAUCAUCCUCGAGUGGCUCGCGCAGAGCAGGGGGUGGAGCCAGGGCCAAGAGUGCAGACACCAGCAGGUACAAAGGUCGUCGCCCGGAAUGCCACGCCCCUCACGUUCCUAACCAGCCCUCGGAGGCCGCGGCCCAUUUCUAUUUCGAGCUGGCCAAGACCGUGCUGAUCAAGGCGGGGGGCAACAGCUCCACCUCCAUCUUCACCCAGCCCUCGACCAGCGGCGGCCACCAAGGGCCCCACCGCAACCUGCACCUCUGUGCCUUCGAGAUUGGGCUGUACGCACUGGGCCUGCACAACUUUGUGUCACCCAACUGGCUUUCCAGGACCUAUUCCUCUCACGUGUCCUGGAUCACGGGCCAAGCUAUGGAGAUUGGCAGUGCAGCCCUCAAUAUCUUAGUGGAAUGCUGGGACGGACACCUGACCCCACCCGAGGUUGCAUCUCUGGCGGACCGAGCCUCGCGGGCACGCGAUCCCAACAUGGUCCGAGCGGCAGCCGAGCUCGCCCUCAGCUGCCUGCCUCACGCCCACGCGCUCAACCCUAACGAGAUCCAGAGAGCCCUGGUGCAGUGCAAAGAGCAGGACAACGUGAUGCUGGAGAAGGCUUGCAUGGCGGUGGAGGAGGCUGCCAAGGGCGGGGGGGUGUACCCAGAGGUGCUGUUUGAGGUGGCGCACCAGUGGUACUGGCUGUAUGAGCAGACUGUGGGGGGCGGCGUCGGUUCCCAGCGUGAGGGGCCAGCCGGGGGGUGUGGGGCGAACGGCGGGGCGGGAGGGAGAGGGCCUUCUGAGGUGGGCCGGGGAGUGCUGGACAGCGGCGGUGCCAUGGAGUCUGGAGGGGUGGCAGUGACGGCCACGGUGACCGCUGCUGCCGUGGUGCCCGUCAUCUCCGUGGGUUCCACCAUCUACCAGUCGCACGCCAUCCCUGGCUCGGCUAUGGCGCACCCCCACACGCAGGGCCUGCACCCCUACACCACCAUCCAGGCCCAUCUGCCCACUGUCUGCACCCCUCAGUACCUGGGACACCCUCUGCAACAUGUGCCCCGACCCACAGUCUUCCCUGUGUCUGGGGCCGCGUACCCGCAGUUUCACUCAGCUGUGAUUGACAAGACAUGGAUUGUUUUGGACUCACCACUUGUGCAGGUGACUACUGUUAGUCUUAUUUUUUUGACGUAAAGACCUUUUGUGUUUUAUGAAGAGUUCUGUUGUUCUGUAGCAGCACGUAUGUAAUUUUGCAUGUGAGCUUUGUCCACAUAAGAUCUGACAAACAAAAAGGCUGUGAUCAUCUUAAGAAUAUAUGUUGAAGCCUUUAAAAGAACAUGAUGUUCUAGGUCAUUUUCAAAAUCUUUUUUUCAAAUGUAUGAAAAUACUUUGCCUAGUUCUGAAAGUAGCUUUUUGCUGUAAUUGUACAAGGAAAAUUUAGUUUCCUUGUUUUACUCAGACAUGCUUCAUCAAAUUUACUCCAGCCAUAUUUUUCAGCUUCCACAACAGGUGGUAUUUUCUAAUGAAGAUGCUUGCUGAUGUCAUUGCUGCAGGAGAGUAGCUCUUUUAAAAAAAGACUUCAUACCUGUAUGCAUAGUCUGCUUCUGCAAGAAAUACCUGUUUCAAACACUUGUAAACACAGCGUUCCAGGAAAAAUUCUUCUUUAGCAGAAAAGUUUCCAGAAUGGACAUGAAAAUGCAACAUUCCGGAACAGAGUGUUCCCAGAAUCUUAUCAGAAAAUCUCGAGAAGGCAUUUGUAACAGCACCUCAUGGUUAUGAAUUGCCACCAUUACAUCAGUCUGGAUUUGCUGAGCCCUGUUAAACAAGUUCUUAAGGAAAUUAUGCCGGCAAAAUAGAAACCCAAAUCUGUUCAGUUCAAUUAAGUUCUGCUACUUUGUGCUCUCUUAAAAUCAGACGGAAAGCUUGAAAUAAUUAGUACAUGGCUUGUGUGCGUGAUCUAGCAGUUCACUAGCAGCUAGUGAAACCUGAGGGAGCACAGACUGCGCUGCAGAAACCCUUUCUUCCCUGGCCUGGGGAAGGGAUCAAUGCUCUCCUAGGUAAGAUUAUCCUACGUAGCCCUGCUAGGAGCUGGCAGGAAAGAGCCCUUUACAACGAAUUCACAUAUUCAAGGGGAUUUGUUUGUUUUAGACCUGCAAACACACAGGCAAGGAAAAGAGAAUAGUUCUGCGAUGCUGCAUUUUCGGUUUGCUUUACUGUCUGCAUAGUUUUGGGUGAUUCAGUGUAGGUACUGUGGAACAUCAGGAAAUUGCUUGGUUCCACAAGAAAGGUUACAAAUGAGAGGAGGCCAUUCAGCCUGUCCAAUUGAUCUUGCCAUUUCUUGACAGACGCUGAAGUCUGGGCUUUAACAGCCCGGCUGGGUAGCUUGUUCUAUACACCAACAGCCCUUCUCCUGUCAAGGAGUGUCUCCUGUUUGGUUUUAAAUAGACUUGCACAUAGUUUCCACUUGUACUCCCCCAUUUGCAUUUCAUUCAUUCUAAAGUCUACUGGGUUGCCUGUGGGUACUUUUGUGGAUUUUGAAAAUUUGUACUGGGCGUGUAAUCCAACUUUCUUCGAGACUAAAAAGGUUCAGUCAAUGCAGGUUCAUUCUCUUAAGCUAUGGAAUGUAUCUGUUCUCUGGACUGAUUACAAAGCAGCAAUAUCUUAGAUGUGGUUUUCAAAAUUGCAGGUGUUAUUCUCAUCAUGGCCUUCCUAGUGCAUUAUCUGAACCUUAACGUUAUAUCCCUUGAUUUCAGGAUAUUUGCUUUUAACUGAAUCUCAAACAUUUGCCUAUCAAAUUGCUUCGCAAUAUUGACUAGAGAUGUAAAUGACAUGUUAGUAAACACAAGUCUGUUUCAUACAGUAGGUAGCCCCAUCUAGCUCAGUGUUUCCCCAUCAUCUAACCUGACUAGUGCUAAUACAGGGCUGCCCAGAGGCUUGUCAAGGCCGAACUGGCAUGUGUGACAUCAACCGGAAGUGCGUCUCU